CAAGUUUCAGUUCCCAGUCGACACUCGAGCGGCGCACAACUCAUCGGAGUGUAAAAUCCGCACGUCUCUAAGAUGAUCUUUAAAACCCUGGCGAUCGUAUCGCUGUGCCUGGCCAGCAUUCAGGCCUCCAAGGUGGGACCACCACAAUCUCAGCUGCCAAAGAAGCAUCUGGUCUGCUACUAUGAUUCAGCCAGUUUUGUCAAGGAAGGUCUGGGCAAACUGGUGAUCGAUGAACUGGAGCCGGCUCUGCAGUUCUGUGACUAUCUCAUCUAUGGCUAUGCCGGAAUCGAGCGCGAUAGCCACAAGGCUGUGAGUCUCAACCAGCAGUUGGAUCUCGACUUGGGCAAGGGACUGUACCGUACUGUGACCCGCUUGAAGCGCAAGUAUCCCAAUGUUAAGAUCCUGCUAAGCGUGGGUGGUGACAAGGACAUUGAGCUGGACAAGGAUGCCAAGGAGCUGCCCAACAAGUACCUGGAGCUGCUGGAGAGCUCUACAGGACGUACUCGUUUCGUGAACACCAUUUACUCCUUGGUGAAGACUUACGGCUUCGAUGGGUUGGAUGUGGCCUGGCAGUUCCCCAAGAACAAACCCAAGAAGGUGCACAGUGGUAUUGGCAGUAUUUGGAAGGGCUUCAAGAAGGUCUUCUCUGGCGAUUCGAUCGUUGACGAGAAGUCUGAGGAGCACAAAGAGCAGUUCACUGCUCUGCUCCGAGAUGUCAAGAAUGCCUUCCGUCCGGACAAUCUGCUGCUCUCCACCACCGUGCUGCCCAAUGUAAACUCAUCUUUGUUCUACGAUGUUCCCGCUGUGGUCAACUACCUGGACUUUGUGAACCUGGGAACCUUCGAUUUCUUCACACCCCAGCGUAAUCCCGAAGUGGCUGACUACACCGCACCCAUUUACGAACUCAGCGAUCGCAAUCCCGAGUUCAAUGUGGCUGCUCAGGUUAAGUACUGGCUGCGUAAUAGCUGCCCUGGCAGCAAGAUCAAUGUGGGUGUGGCCACCUACGGUCGCCCAUGGAAACUGACUGAUGAUUCUGGCGAUACUGGUGUUCCCCCGGUCAAGGAUGUCAAGGAUGAGGCUCCAGUGGGUGGCAACACUCAGGUGGCUGGAAUCUACAGCUGGCCCGAGGUCUGUGCCCUGCUGCCCAACCAGAACAAUGCCUAUUCCAAGGGUGCCAAUGCUCCGUUGACCAAGGUCCAAGAUCCCGCCAAGCGUUUCGGAUCGUAUGCCUAUAGGGCAGCCGAUAAGAAGGGUGAUAAUGGAAUCUGGGUGAGCUUCGAGGAUCCUGAUACCGCUGCCGAUAAGGCUGGUUACGUGCGCACUGAGAACUUGGGAGGAGUUGCCCUGUUUGACUUGUCCUAUGACGAUUUUCGAGGACUCUGCACCAACGAGAAGUACCCCAUCCUCAGGGCCGUCAAAUACCGCCUGACCAACUAAAAUGGGUAUCCUUUUGAUUUAUGUCUAACUGACCAUGUGAAUGAAAUGCUUUAUCAAGAAAUAUUUGUCCCAUUAAUAUUUGUAAUGUCAUAAAGAGCCAUAGAACAUAUAA